AUGGAUCCUAGCGGACCAGUUCCAUGGCGCAUCAGAUCCAUUGACAUUCCAAUUCUUCAACAACUUCACAAACCUUUACUACAUAUUGCCGUUCCUCUACUCAAUCCAAGACGAAAACCCGAUAACAUGGAUCCGUUCGAAGUGCGCAUCCGAUUUACGCAGUAUUUACAGCAUUUAAAUGCGAGUGUGACGAGUGCGAAUAAGACGGCGCAGUAUGCGUUGAAGUAUAGAGAUAUGGAUGAGGAUUUGCAUAGUUGUAUUUUGGAGCAAUUGGAGAGGAACUCUAUGAACAAUAGGGCGAAUAUCAUGUAUUUCAUCGAGAUUCUAUGCGAUAUGGCAUCUAGAGAAGGACACGAUGACUACGUACGAAUGAUCCAACGAGAUAUUUUACGGGUAGUUGAUGCUGUUGCGCCCGAAGAUGGAUCCGGAGCCGCCAACGUCAAAGUCGUGCGCAAAGUUCUCCAAGGGCUUCAACAAAAAUCCUUCCUCCUAGCUCAAACCGUCCUUGAAAUCGAAGAAUGUCUCAAGGAACGCGACACUCAACCCGAUGCACUGAUGUCCUCUCCACUAGCCGAAACUGAAGCGAAUGGAAACAAAACUUCGCAACAGGCGACCCCUAAACCGGCCAAGACGAAUGGAGUGGUGAGAUUGGAUAAGAGACAGAUUGAACAGAGGAUCGAAGAGGAUCGGGAGAGACAUAAGAGGUUGAGAGAACAUAUUUGGGCGGUGCCGGCUGUUGGACCGGAUUCGGAAUUCGAUAAAUUGUGGGAAGAGACGAGUGAUUUGGGAGAUGAUGAUAUUGAUUUGUAUGAAGAAGAGGCAAUGGAGAGAAAGGAUGCUGGAAAGGAAUGGAGAGAAGAACAACUUCGAAUAAGUAGACUUGAAGUAUGA